UCCGUGUGGUAGGAAUCCUGUGAUUGUCGACUACUGCGUUCGGUUGUUGAACGGUCUGGUGCAGGAACAACAGUUCGCUCCUUCACGCCAGGGGGGUGCUUGAACUUGUCAUUCCGUGUCCCCAGCAAGGCUAAGGGCGAACGUAGAGGGAUCGUGAGAUCCAAGGUCUGGGAAUCUGCGUCCUUAGAAGCUCGGUCGAGAUAGUAUCUAGUCGCAUCAGUGCUCUGUACCAAAAACAGAACCCAACGCCUUGUCCUUGGGAUAUUUAAGCCGUCAUGAGCAAGAUGUGGGAGGUCGAUCCUGAGACCAGAAGCAAGCUCCUGGAGAUCCAAAAGAUCAACGGCAACAACCAGUGCGUGGACUGCGGCGCACCAAGUCCACAAUGGGCAUCGCCCAAGUUUGGCAUCUUUUUCUGCCUUUCUUGCUCCGGUGUACAUCGUGGCCUUGGAGUUCACAUUUCAUUCGUCCGCAGCAUCACGAUGGAUGCUUUCAAGAAUGCUGAGCUCGAGAAGAUGAGAUGCGGCGGAAAUCAACCUUGGCGUAACUUUUUCAAUGCACAUGCCAGCACAGCGCGUGAUGGCCUAAGUUUUGACAACUGUAGCAUCUCUCAACGAUACGACUCCGAGGCUGGAGAUGAAUGGAAGGAGAGGCUAGCAGCAGCGGCUGAAGGCAGAGAGUAUGUUCCUCAGCCGAGCACGAGGCGAGUGCGAGGGUCCGGGUCAUCAAACGUAAGUAGAGCACAGACGCCACUGUCAAAGACAAGGAGCGCGGACAUCCAAGGUGGUACUGCCGGUCGGUCAAGUUCACCAUCGUUAGGGACGUCGUCGCUAGGUAGCAAAAAAGCACAGAACGAAGCUUACUUCGCUAAAAUGGGCGCCGACAAUGCCAAUCGACCGAAGGAUUUAGCACCUAACCAAGGUGGUCAGUAUUCUGGUUUUGGAAGCGAUCCAUUUCCGGAAAAGAGGAGUGAUGGCAUCGUACCAGGAAUAGAUGACUUUCAGAAGGACCCGGUGGCUGCAUUGACGAAGGGCUUCGGAUGGUUGAGCUCUACGGUUGGGAAGGGCGCGAAGACAGGUUAUGAUGGCUGGGUCAAACCGGGCAUGCAGAAGCUCGCCGAAUCAGACAUUACGAAUCAAGCCCGUCAGAACUUCACCACGCUCUCCACCAAUCUCAACCAAGGUUUCCAGUCCUUUGUCGAAGGCUCUGACCAGAACCGUGCCGGUAGCUCCUCUGUCACUCGCGGAGCUAGCGCCGCCAACCCGGAGCGCAAGGACUUUUGGGACUCCUUCGGUGACGCCCCGAAGCCUACCGGCCAGCAGAAGGAUUUCUGGGACGAGUUUGGUGCUGAACAUGAUGCGGGCCCUACUACCGCUACUACUGCGGGCCCGAAGCCGAAGAGUAGCGUGGGCACGGCGGCCAUGAAGAAGACGGGCGGCGAGAGUACUAAGGGCGGCAAGGCGAAGGAUGACGAGUGGGGAGAGUGGUGAGCUGGGUCCUCCUUACGCACGAUGCCACGGUGAUUAGCGAAGGUGAGCG